AUGGUACCGGGGGUUGAUGGUCAGGAGGUGAUGAGGAGGGUGAUGAUAAUGGAGUUACAAGAGUUGAGAGGUUCUCCUAUGACAAGUCUUGAGUAUUCUUCGUUAAUUUGCCUAAUUCGUUUCUUGGGGAAUUGUGGCGCAACUUCUGUCGAAGAUUUUGACGUCGAUGGGUUGCGAUAUGUCGGCCAGACCUUGAGAGGUUACGGGCUAUUAGCCUAUGAAUAUGGUGCAGUCGAUGCCGUUGUUGCUAAGGCAAUCUGGAUCUGGGGGAGGAAUUUGCACGGUGGGUGCUGGUAUACUUGUGGCGAGGGAGAUGUAUGGGAUGGUGAUGGGAAGAGUGGUGGGAAGGGUGGUGGGAAGGGUGGUGGUGAGGAAUCUCAUAUCUUUCUACUUUGGUUACUUUAUUUACUGGAUAUUGUUUGUUUCGUUCGAGCACAGGAAGUUUUGAGAGUAGGAAGGAAUAUCCGAGAUCUUGUGAGGUUCAGAAUAUUUUGUGUUUGGAUUAUGUUUUGGGAAGAUCAAGUUGAAGAAGAGAAACACUUUUUGUUAUCGAAAGAAACUCUCAAUCUGACUCCUCAAGGACAAACUUUGUAA